AUGGAGAAUCUCGAGGACUUCGACACGGAGAUGGAGGAGAUCGCGCUGGGAAACGGCGUCACGGCACGGAGGCAGCAUCCCCAGGCCUCCUCCUCCUCCUCCGGCAACUGGCUCGAGCACGCGUUCAAUGACAGCGACUGCCUCGUGAGCAGCGACGGUUCCGACUGCCAAAUGAACGCGACUCUUCUGGGAAACAGUUCCGCCACGGAUCUCCCGCCUAGUCUCGGCUUCGAUGAGAACGCCAUGACGGAUAUCAUCGUCUACUGUGUCCUCUUCAUUGUCGCGGCCAUCGGGAACUUCACCGUGUUCAUCACCCUCUUUCGCAACAGACACAGGAAAUCGCGGGUCAACCUCAUGAUCAUGCACUUAGCGGUCGCCGACCUGAUGGUGACGCUCAUAAACUUCCCUCUCGAAGUCGGCUGGCGGAUCACGACGCAGUGGGUGGCAGGGAACCUCGCCUGCAAGCUCUUCCAGUUCCUUAGAGCUUUCGGACUCUAUCUCUCGUCCCUCGUGCUGGUCUGCAUCAGCCUCGAUCGCUACUUCGCCAUUGUCCAUCCGCUCAAGGUGAACGAUGCUCAAAGACGAGGGAAGAUGAUGCUGUCCUUUGCUUGGUCCAUCGCCGCUGUCUGUUCCAUUCCUCAGAGCGUCAUCUUCCACGUCGACAGCCACCCAGUCUUCAAGAACUUCAAGCAGUGCGUCACUUUCGGCUUCUUCCAGACGCAGGUGGAAGAGCGGACGUAUAACCUGUUCUGUCUGGCUGCUAUGUACUUCAUGCCCCUGCUUAUCAUCAUCGUUGUUUAUCUCCGAAUCCUGUGGGAGAUUUCGCAGAAGUCCAAGGAUUCGAAAGACGACCCGAGCAGCGGAGGGCGUCGCGACGGGCGCCUCAGACUCCGACGCAGCGACAUGACCAACAUCGAAAGGGCGCGCGCGAGGACCCUACGGAUGACACUCAUUAUCGUCCUUGCCUUCGUCUGGUGUUGGACGCCCUACGUGGUCAUCGUCAUGUGGUACAUGUUCGACCGGCAAAGUGCCAUGCAGGUGGACAAGCCGUUGCAAGAUGCGCUCUUCAUCAUGGCUGUGAGCAACAGCUGCGUCAACCCUCUGGUCUACGGCACUUACACCAUCAACUUCCGUAACGAACUGAACAGAUGUUUCGGAAGGAAGAAAAAGCCUCCGGUUCUCGCGAGGAAAUCCACAGGAUCAACAGCUAUGAGGACUACGGUGACAGCUCAACUCAGCCACUCGAAUGCCCUCAGGAUGUCAACACACACCCAGGUGGUGAACCACGAAGGGCGCAGCGAGUCCUGGCGAAACCCCCUGGCCGGCCCGCGCGACGCCCCGGCGCGACACACGUCUCCCAAGCAGCAACUGCCGUCCCCCUCGACGCCGCAGUCGCCCCCGGCCGCCUGCUCGCCCCAGCUGCCGUCGUCCUCCGUCGCCUCCGGCUGCGUCAUGGUGGAGAUCGAGGUGGACGUGAACAAGCCUCGCGCCGCCGACGGGAAGAAGAGCCCCACCCAGGCCAACAACGGCUCGCUCGCUGAGGACAAGAGCGCCGAUCUUUUCCACGCCUUCAAGGGGCACUGCAAGAGCAACCAGAAGGAGAUGGUGAAGCUCACGGGCUUCACGCAGAGGAGGGGGACGCCGCCCCACGCCCUCACCAAGUACGACUCGGGCAGGAGCUCCGACGACCAGGUGUGCCUCGACAGGAAGCUCUCGUCGGACUCGGGGGUGUACGUGGACUCGCGUCACAAGAGGAACGCCCUGCACGACGGCGCCCCCGGCCAGGCGGCGGCGGACAAGGGCGAGGCCGGGGAGCUCCGUCGAGACCCCAGCAUCGAGCUUGCGUGCAUCGGGGGCUUCGGCAGCGACACGUUCACGUUCUGGAAAAGUAGCAUCAACUUCAAACUUACAGGAGAGGAAGAUACAUACGAGUAUACGCUCAGUAUAAAGGCUGAAGAGAGAACUAAACGUUUGGAUAUUUAG